AUGGCUUGGUUGUCAUGGUUCUGUCUCCUCUUCCUGCUCUCUACUACUUGUCAAUUCGACUCUACUUGUUCAUCAUCUAACUCUUCCUCUUCUAUUUCUUCAGGGCAUUUAUGCCAUCCCGAAGACAGCUCUGCUUUGCUUCAAUUCAAAAACUCCUUUUCAAUUUCUUGGCAGAAAGGCAAGGAUUGUUGCGCAUGGAGUGGAGUCACUUGUGAAAAGAUGACUGGUCAUGUGAUCGGUCUCAACCUUGGUUCUGGUGGGCUUCAAGGCAAUAUCCAUUCCAAUAGCAGCUUAUUCUCUCUUGGCCAUCUCAAGAGGCUAGACCUCUCUCAUAAUGAUUUCAGAGGCUCCCCAAUUUCGUCCAAAUUUGGUGGCUUUUUUGGUGGCCAAAUCCCAUGGUCACUUUUAAACCUUGAGAGGCUCACUCACUUGGAUCUUAGUGGCAACAAUUAUGUCGGUCAGUUUCCAGAAGUUGAUAGCAACUCGACAUCGAACUCUUCUUUGUAUGAUUUUUCAAAACAACAACUGGUGGGUCCUAUUCCUCGACACUUAACCGUGCUCGUUUUAUAUGAGAACCAACUCAACGGAACAAUACCAUCUUGGUUAGGUAGUUUGCCAUCAUUGGAGGGCUUAGACCUCGGAAGUAACCAACUCAGCGGUAAUAUCAUUGAGUUCCAAUCUCGUUCUUGGAAUACCUUGUUAGGGGAUAACAAGCUGGAUGGCCUGAUUCCAAGAUCAAUCUUUGAUCUUGAGAAGGUUACGGAACUUGAUCUAUCAUCCAAUAACUUGAGUGGCACAUGUGGAGUUUGA